GUAUAAGUAGCCCUGAUUUUUCUAUUUGUUUGGUUAGUUUUUGUUGUGUUCUGCUUUGCUUUAAUUUGCUGGGUUAUGCUGGAGUAAAACCCAGGGUCUUGGGUAUGUUAGGCAAAUCCUGAACUUCUGGGUAAUAGCCUUAGGAUUUUGAUUUUGAGACUAUCUUGCUGUGUAUAGCCCAGCCUGGCCUCUGCCUCUCAGGUGCUGUCUUUAUAGGAGUGUACACAACUCCUGGCUACUAUGUUUAGAGAAAAGGUUUCUUUUGGUGUUGAGGCUUUUAGAUACUGUAGCCCAGGUAGCCGUAUUCUUCAACGAUUCUUCUGCCUUUGCCUCAGGAGUGCCCCAAGCAUCGAUAUGUAUGUCUAUACCUCGAUACUGCUGGAAAUGUGCUGAUGUGUUCAUUCUCUUCUGACACUUUGAGACUUUGCAUGUGAAUAUAAAUUUGGUCUUCAGAGUUCUAUAUUUUAGCUCUCAGUGCUGAAUUACCUUCUCCCUUAAAUUAUUAUAAACUUUUGCUGCUGUCAUAUAAACGUGAAGAUGUCUCGCAGUCCUGAUGCAAAGGAAGACCCUGUGGAAUGCCCUCUUUGCAUGGAGCCCUUGGAAAUAGAUGAUAUUAACUUUUUCCCUUGCACCUGUGGCUACCAGAUAUGCCGAUUUUGUUGGCAUCGAAUUCGCACUGAUGAGAAUGGGCUUUGUCCUGCAUGUAGAAAACCAUAUCCAGAAGAUCCAGCAGUUUACAAACCACUUUCCCAGGAAGAAUUACAAAGGAUAAAGAAUGAGAAAAAACAGAAACAAAAUGAAAGAAAACAGAAAAUCUCAGAAAAUAGAAAACAUUUGGCUAGUGUACGUGUUGUACAAAAAAACCUUGUGUUUGUUGUAGGUCUGUCACAGCGCCUAGCAGACCCAGAAGUUUUAAAACGACCAGAGUAUUUUGGGAAGUUUGGUAAAAUACAUAAAGUUGUCAUCAAUAAUAGCACAUCCUAUGCAGGCUCACAGGGUCCGAGUGCCAGUGCUUAUGUAACGUAUAUCCGGUCAGAAGAUGCUCUCAGAGCAAUACAGUGUGUCAACAAUGUGGUAGUAGAUGGCAGGACACUAAAGGCAUCUUUAGGUACAACAAAGUACUGCAGUUAUUUCUUAAAGAACAUGCAGUGCCCAAAGCCUGACUGCAUGUAUCUUCAUGAAUUGGGAGAUGAGGCAGCCAGCUUCACAAAAGAGGAAAUGCAGGCGGGUAAGCACCAAGAAUAUGAACAGAAGCUCCUCCAAGAAUUAUAUAAAUUAAAUCCCAAUUUUCUUCAGCUAUCUACGGGUUCAGUUGAUAAGAAUAAGAACAAAGUGACACCAUUACAAAGGUAUGAUACCCCCAUUGACAAACCUUCAGAUUCUCUCAGUAUAGGGAAUGGUGAUAAUUCCCAACAGAUAUCUAACAGUGAUACGCCUUCACCACCACCUGGUUUAUCAAAAUCCAACCCUGUCAUCCCCAUCAGUUCAUCCAAUCACAGUGCGAGGUCUCCUUUUGAAGGGGCAGUAACAGAGUCACAGUCAUUAUUCUCAGACAAUUUUCGCCACCCCAACCCUAUACCAAGUGGGCUUCCUCCUUUUCCCAGCUCUCCACAGACACCCAGUGAUUGGCCUACAGCUCCAGAACCACAGAGCCUCUUCACAUCAGAAACAAUCCCAGUUUCAUCAUCUACAGACUGGCAAGCAGCAUUCGGCUUUGGUUCUUCUAAACAACCAGAGGAUGACUUGGGGUUUGACCCCUUUGAUGUCACUCGAAAAGCCUUAGCAGACCUGAUUGAGAAGGAACUAUCCGUCCAAGAUCAACCUUCCCUUUCCCCCACAUCUCUUCAGAACGCCUCCUCACACACUACGACCGCCAAAGGGCCAGGCUCUGGAUUCCUGCACUCUGCUGCACCUACAAAUGCCAACUCUCUCAAUAGUACCUUUUCAGUCUUGCCACAGAGGUUCCCUCAAUUUCAGCAGCACCGAGCAGUUUAUAAUUCGUUCGGUUUUCCAGGCCAGGCAGCCCGCUAUCCUUGGAUGGCCUUUCCACGCAAUAGCAUCAUGCACUUGAACCACACAGCAAACCCCACCUCAAAUAGUAAUUUCUUGGACUUGAAUCUCCCGCCACAGCACAACACAGGUCUGGGAGGGAUCCCCAUAGCAGGGGAAGAAGAGGUGAAGGUUUCGACCAUGCCACUGUCCGCCUCUUCCCAUUCAUUACAACAAGGACAGCAGCCUACAAGUCUCCACACUACUGUGGCCUGACACCAGAACUGAGAGGAAAGGAGAGGAUUAGACUCGGGGUGCUUGCAUGGGCAACUGGAUUUUUGCAUGGUUCCUUUCUGACUUUGCAUUUAAUGUAUACACCCAAAAGAGCCAAUAUAAACGUUCCUCAUGCCGACAACUAGCGUGGACCUCGUAGUUGCUAAAGUAUUUCUUCAUUAGGCCUUUAACAUAAUUUAUUAGCAUAAUAAUUUUGCCAUUGUUUCUCAUGAGUGAUACUAUUUUUAACUCUUACAAAUAAACUUAGAGUACUAAUUAAGAUCCCAGAGGAGAUUAGCUAGACCUGUUCCUAUUUUGACUAUUAUUGGAAAUAUACAAAAGUAAUGGUAGUUCUUUGUUUUUUCGGUUUGUGAAAAAAAUGGUAAUAUUUUAAUCUACUCCUGAAAUUUUGAAACAUUAAGAUAAUGUCUAUUGCAUUCUUUGAAUUCUUGAAAAGAAAGAAUACAUAUAAAACAAAACUGGUGGUGUCAUUCAAUGCUCAGAAAGAUGUUGUCAGCUGUUGUUUUCAGUUGCCUAGAUUUAUAUCAUAUAUUAUGCAUUACAUGUAUACAAACUGUUUUGUUCUUUCUCAUUUGCACAUUUGCACUUUUCUUUUUGAAUGGUUGUUAAUUAUACAUAGAUGGUUAAAAGGUAAUAUUAUGGCCUAACUGCAAUAUCAUCUGAUUUCUAAUGCACUGCCUAGUAUACCAGGAAAUGCCUCAAAACAGAAUUUCAACUUGUAGUUGAGUUAUUAGAAACUUGAACAUGGGGUAAACAGCGUAUGUAAGUAGUAGCCAUAGUAGUGUAACAUUUUUAUUGAACAAACAGUAGUUCAGUAGAAUCUAUUUGGAAAUUUCAUUGUUAAAUAAUUGACAUGUGAUAAAAGUAACUGGCCAGAAUAAGACUUACAGUAGAAGAAGGAAGCUGGGUGUCUUGUAAAAAUGAGACCAUAUAGGUUGUAAUAGAUAGCCUUAGAUGAUCAGAGAUCAGUGAGUGGGGUACUUCAUAAGGCAGAAUGUAAAGUGAUGCUUUGAUAAUGCAAAACUUCUUGAAAUAGUUUUAAAAUGAUAAUAAAAAAAUAAACUGAACUUAGUUCUGAGCAGUGGACAAAAUCUGAUUUAAAAAAAAUUACCAUAAUUUGCCUAAAAGCAUUUGGGGAGAUGGAGAAAGCCAGACUUUUUGAGAUUUUAAAAAAAGUUUAAAAAGUAUGCCUUAAUUUGUUUAAAAAAAAAAAAAAGAACCAUGAAAAAUGUACUGUGAAUACCAAAAAGAAAUCUUAACAAUACUACUAAUAAAACAUCUGAUUUGAAGAUGAUGCUAAUGUUAUAUAGCAUUGGCAUUUUUGGGUUGUUUUUUAAUAUAAAAUAUGGGAACUUCCUGUUACAUAUAACAAAACAAAUGGCUUCACCCUGAGGUAGAGUGGAGUAAAGUGGAAAUUUAUUUUUACAUAUAUGUAUUUUUUAAUUUGGUUGAGGUCACAGAAUUGACCAAUUCUCUACUCAUCUAAGUUAUGUUUUUAGAGUUCAGCAUAAAUACCAAUUUCUAGCCUGCAUUUAAAAGUGAAUUUACAGCAACAUUAUAAGAAAACUGCUGUCUUUGAAAGUACUAGAUCUGUAUACUUAUUAAACUUCAGCCUUUUAAUCAGACCUUAAUUCAAUUAUGGGUUUCAUUUGACUAUAACAGGUCAAUGUUUGCUGUGUGAAGUUCUGUGGUUAAGGCUUCUGGGCUCUGUGUGUUCUGGGUUAAGGCUGGAAAUGCUGCUCUUGUAAUGAUGCUCACUAGCUCUUAGCUCUCUCCAGCGUUGAUUGGCUUCCUUCUCUUGCAAGCACUCGGAUGAUUGGCUCCCAUCUACUAACUGCUUGUGCUGGGAGGGAGCUACUGAGCAAAGCUGCUUUCCUUCCCUCGCUCUGCUCCUUUUCAUUUCUAAUUUGUACAGAAAAUUUGUCCAAAGAUUUUUCAGACUUGCUCGUAGUCCCCAAUAAGAGUUGCAAAGCUGUGUGUCUCCUUUCUGUCUAUUCUCCCUCUACUUCUGAUGUACCAUGAAUUUGGGAAAUGCUUUUAGGCAAUUAGAACUCAGCAUUAAAACUUCUGUAUAUGGAGUGCUUAAAAACUUACUUUUAAGUCAUUUUUUUGUUGUUUUUUUUUUUUUUUAUUUCUAGACCCAGAGGCCUCACUUUUUUAUUUAAUGUGGUAUUUUAGAAGUCUUUAAAAUAAUAAUUUACUCAAAUGCAUGGAAGAAAUUAUAUAGUACAUAAAAGAACCAUUUUAUGUGAUGGACAAAUAUAAUUAAAAUCAUGGAAAGAAUGAGAAAUUCUAA